CUCUCCGUUGUCAUCCUGGUCGUGUGGUCGGACGGAUCCCAACUGGGUGACAGCGCCGAAUAGGGUUAUGCCAUACUCCUCCAGAUCGAACCGCAUCUAGAACCCAAGGGAUACAUACCUUCAUGGAUAAGAAACAACAGCGCUGUCGCAGCCACCCCGCCAACCGCACCCAAUAAACCCCCCCCAGCUGGGCGUUGGAGGACCAUGCCCUAUCUUCUCGUCACCCUCUGCUGCCUCUUUGCCACGCUCGGAUCCUUUCUGUUUGGCUAUGACUCAGGCGUGAUCUCCUCGGUUAUCGAUCAGGACUCGUUCAAGCUUCGUUUCCACAAUCCCUCCGACGCCGCCACCGGCGGGAUUGUCGCGUCCUAUAAUGGCGGUGCCAUCCUGGGCUCGGUCGUUGUCUCCUACCUCUCCGAUCCGUGGGGGAGACGCCCGGUGCUCUUCACCGGCGGCCUCCUCGCUAGCUUGGGGGCCGCCUUGCAAGCGGGCGCCGUCAACGUGGCCAUGCUCUUCGUGGGCCGUUUGAUCGCCGGGCUGGCCGUGGGGAUGAUGUCGGCCAUCAUUCCGGUCUACUGUAGUGAGCUAUCCCCUCCCCGUAUCCGUGGCUUUCUGGGUUCCCUGCAGCAGUGGAUGAUCGGGCUGGGGGUUGUGGUCGCGCAAUGGGUGGGAUACGGUUGCUCCCUGCGCGCGGGAGCGUUCAGCUGGAGUUUCCCCCUUGCCUUCCAAGCCGUCCCCGCCGUGAUUCUGAGCGCAGGCGUCUGGUUUCUUCCCGAGUCUCCUCGCUGGCUCAUUGGGAAGGGCGAUAUGGACGCCGGACGAGCGAUCUUGAAUCGUCUCCACCUCGUCCAGGGACAGUCUAACGCUCAGCUGGUCGAAUCCGAGUUCGUCCAGAUCCGUGACAGCAUCGCGGAGGAACGACGGUCUACCGUCCGCUCCUGGCAUCAGCUGUUCACGCAGCCCAGCUGGCGUCAUCGCGUGCUGCUGGCCUGCGGCAUGCAGGUGUUCACUCAGUGUUCCGGCACGAAUGUGAUCUCGAACUAUAACCCAAGCCUGUAUCAGAUCCUAGGCCUGAGCCAGUCGACCUCGCUCAUCCUCCAGGGAAUCUGGGGAGCACUGGCCCAGUUUUGGAACACGGUGUUUAUCCUGUUUAUCGAUCGAGUCGACCGGCGCAAGCUCCUCCUCCCGUCAUUGCUGGGCAUGGGUGCCAGCAUGUGUGUAGAAGCGAUCAUGGGGCAGGUAUACGGCAACUUUGAGGACGCGAGCGCAACUAAUCCCAACGCGAUCCGGGGCGCGAUCGCCAUGUUCUUUGUCUUCUCGCUCUUCUACACCAGUCUAGGCCUCAUCUCCUGGAUCUACCCGUCCGAAAUUUUCCCCACGGCGAUCCGCGCGCGAGGCUCCUCGGUGGCGACGGCCACUAACUGGAGCCUGAAUCUGGUCUUCGCACAGUGCACGCCGAUCGCCCGGUCACACAUGGGCUGGAAUUAUUUCUACUGUUUUGCGGCCUUCAAUUGGGCCGCAGCCAUCAUCGUCUGGGUGGCGUAUCCGGAGACUGCCGGCAAGUCCCUUGAGGAAGUGGAGCGUCUCUUCGUUCUAGACCGCCAGGGUGCGGCACACCAGGUAGGUGAUCCUUCGCCUUCGCAGACCAGUAUCGAAGGCAAGGAUGCUUCUAUGAUUGUUAGCUCGCAAAAUAGCAGUCACGCUCCCGAUCAUAGACCGGGUGCCAAUGCUGCGUCGGUCGGCAGAUAAGAAUAGCAUUGUAUAGUAUAUAGAUAGACCAAUGAUCCAAAUUCAAUGAUAG